AUGCAACAAAACCCCUCGUACUUAGCAAAAUAUCAUGCCUUCAUUCAAGAUCAGUUACAAAGGAACAUUAUUGAGACUAUACGUGAAGAGCUUCCUAGACCCUGUCAUAAUCUCUCCCACAAUGGUGUUUUGAAAAGGGAUGAUAAGGAUCUGAAAAUCAGAUGUGUUUAUAAAGGUUCAGCGAAGAUGAAAGAAAAAGGCUACACUUACUGGUGCCACAAUAAAUGUGUCCUGCAAACGUGGAAACACGUCUUUGUACAGGCGCAGAAAUUUGACUACGGUCCUUGCAAUUCCAUAACCAGAGACGAAGUGAAAAAGCUGAAGUAA